CGUAGCUUAAAGCUUCGUUGUUAAAGCGGAAACGCUUUCAGCUUUAUUUUCUGUGUUUUUGUGCGUUCUUAAGAAAUAAAUUCACGAUGUCUGGCGUUUCUAACAUUAACGCCAUGAAGAAAGUGGUCCAGCAACUGCGAUUUGAGGCCAAUAUUAACAGAGUGAAGGUGUCUCAGGCAGCAGCAGAGCUUCAGCAGUUCUGCAUGCAGAAUGCACUGCAGGAUCCAUUGCUCACCGGUGUGUCCUCAGGAACCAAUCCAUUUAGAACACAAAAACUCUGUUCCUUUGUCUGAUGCUUCCUGCUACUGGUUUUUUUUUUUUUUCCGUUCCUGUGACGUUUAUGAUUGAGAAGAAGACAAACCACUGCCAAUAACAACUGUGCAGAGUUGUUCCAAUAGAACCAAAACCUUGUUAUUGUUGCCAUAGACAUCUGAAUUAAAAUAACACUGGAUUCAGGUGCAUUUAACCUGGGUCAGGCAUUAACUUUUAAUACAACUUUUACCAUUAAUAUUGCCUUGUUUGUGCAAACACAUGAAUUUGUCUUUGGUGACUGUAUGAAGACCUCAAUCUUGCCUUAAGUAGCUACCAAUGUUCUUAGUAUUGAUUCUGUUGGUGCAAAAAUACUUUUACAUUUCAUGUGUGCGAAGCAGUGGAAGAAGUGUAAUUUAUUGUGCCUUUGUUUUAUAAAUGGUGUGCUUUUCUAUCUUGUCAGCCUUAGGCCUUUUGUACCAAAUAAACCAUGAAUUUGUACACAA